GUCGUCUUCUUCCUAAUAAUUCAAAGUACUGUUCCGAUUCUGUUCGCCGCCGCCGAAGCCGCUUCUCGUUCGCCGGUGAAGUUUCUUCCGGGCUUCGAUGGCCCUCUUCCUUUUCAACUCAAAACUGGGUACAUUGGGUAGGAGAUGUGGAGGAAGUGCAGCUUUUUUAUUACUUUAUAGAGUCGGAAUCAAAUCCGAAAGAAGACCCUCUCAUUCUUUGGAUCUCGGGAGGCCCUGGUUGUUCUCCACUGCGCGCUAUCAUUCAAGAAAUUGGACCAUUGCUCAUUGAACCAGUGGAGUAUGAUGGGAGUUUGCCCAGAUUUGAAGAUGGCGGUGGCGGCUCUGGAAUUGGAUGGCAAUGGCGUCUCUGGAACUGGACGGCGGUGGCGGCACCUUACUGCGCGGCUGCUUGACGGCAAAGGCUGCCUUCCUUGCUAUGAUUUUUCCGAUAUCUGCGCUCCAGAUUCGAAAGAAGAAAAAACAGCGGUGAUCGAAGAAACCGGCAACGCCUGAGGCUUCUCGACUGCAGCGACUAGCGGUGCUCUGCCACUCUCCUCUGCUACGCGACUUUCCGUCUUUGUGCGUGGCUCCUGCAGAUUGACAUCCCUUCCCUUCUGCUCACUGAACUCUGCUGCACGAAUGUCAAUUGCACGGCCACACACGUAAAUUUGGAUCUGGAUCUGCGCAACUGGUUCUUCACACAAGAACCCUAGGUUGCUAGCUUUAUUUUUCUGGAUUUGCCAGUUGGGACUGGAUUUUCGUAUGCUACAACUUCAACUGCUCUCCAAUCCGACAAUUUGUUGACCGGCACCAAUGCAUAUGAAUUUCUUCAAAAGUGGUUAGUAGAAAAUCCACAGUUUCUUGCAAAUCCUUUCUAUGUUGGUGGCGAUUCCUAUUCUGGCAUCACAGUUCCAAUCAUUACUGAAAUGAUAUCCAAAGGAAACGAGAGAGGAAUUAAGCCAUUUGUUCAACUUCAGGGAUACAUACUUGGUAAUCCCGUAACAUCUCCAGCUGACUUCAACAACAGAAUACCAUUUGCUCAUAGAAUGGCACUCAUCUCUGACGACUUAUACCAAGAGUUAAAAAGAGAUUGCAAAGGAGAGUAUGUGG